AUGGUAGUGGCAGCGAUUGCGUUUCAGGAAAUUGAAAGUUUAAACUUUGAAGGAUUGCACAACCUCUUUUGUGAGCUUUUUCAAAAUUUGAAAUUUGAUGCAUCAAGCGAACUACACAUCAUACUUUUGGACACAUUUGAUUCAUCUAUUUGGCUUGACAGGGUACUUGGAAGAUUCUACAGCAUUUCUAGAGAUGUUCUAUUAGCAAAAAACUUGCACACUAUGUCAAUUACUAUCCUCUUUGGCGAGUACGCUAAAGAUAAUUUAAGGUUAGACUAUUUAUUUAUCCCAGCAAAGGAGCUUGUUCAAGAAUUCGAUGCCUUGAACUAUGAUAUUUUCAAUCAGCCAAGAAGAGAAAGAGAAUUAAAUUUGUUUCCAGAGAAGCGAAAUGACUGUGAUGAAUAUGCAGUGAGCGCCUUGGGUGGUACCUUUGAUCAUAUUCAUGAUGGACACAAGAUACUUUUGAGUAUUGCAUCCUUCAUAACCUCAACCAGAAUUAUAGUCGGAGUGACUCAUCAAGAUUUGUUAUUGAAGAAAAAAUACAAAGAAUAUUUGGAGUCUUUUGAGAAAAGAUGUGGAAGUGUGCGACAAUUUCUAAACCUGUUGAAACCAUCAUUGAAGGUAGAAAUUGUCCCAAUUAAAGAUGUCUGCGGACCUACCGGAACGGUUCCUGAGAUUGAAUGUCUGGUAGUGAGCAGAGAGACGGUCGCAGGAGGCGAUUUCGUUAAUAAAACUAGAGUAGAGAAAGGGCUCCCAAAACUAGAUAUUUGCGUCGUCAAUGUGCUCGGAGGAGACGAGGAAGAUGGCUGGAAGGAGAAGUUGAGUAGUACCGAGAUUAGGAAGAUGCUAAUGCAUGGGAUCUAA